CCGGCGAAGAUCAGCGCCUCGAGUCCCAAACUAGUAUCUCUUAAUUAUAUAAUAUAUGUAUUAUUUGUAAGAACUGUUAGAAAAUCAGUUCAUAUAAAUAAUUAUCUGCAAUCAAAGGAAAAUAAAAAAAAGGGAAGAAGAAAACUUCAUUGUAAUUCUCUACCUUUCUUACUUUUAACGAUGAACGCUCAUCAUGCUUCACUCGGUCGACGGACGCUGGAGGAGAUUCGUCAAAAGAGAGCAGCCGAAAGAAUCAGCAAAGCUUCAUCUGGAUCCGAUCUCGUCCAAGCUCCAAUUUCAGCCGAUGUUCCUGUCAUGGAGAAAUCGGGAAGCGAUAAUCGACUCUCUGAGGCGGAUGUUAGUGGUUUAGUAUCUCAGCUGAAGGACUUGCAGAAGAAAAAUGCUGAAUUAGAAGAAAAUAACAAGAUAUUAUCUGUGAAGGUUCAAGCUAAGGAAGUCGAGCAUGAAACACUGCAAACACGGUUCAAUGAGCUGGAACAAAACACUGUGCCAUCUCUAAGAAAGGUUCUGAAAGAUGUUGCUAUGGAGAAAGAUGCUGCUGUUGUUGCUCGGGAGGACCUCUCAGCCCAACUUCGCAUGCUCAAGAAACGCCUGAAAGAGGCAGAAGAUGAGCAAUACAGAGCUGAGGAAGAUGCAGCUGCCUUGAGAGCUGAACUCAACUCGAUGCAGCAACAAUUGAUCAACAAUUCAUUUAGUGGAAUAAAUGACAUGGGGAGUUCACCAGAUCAAAUACAAGCAUUAGAAAAUGAGUUGGCUAGAUUAAAGUCUGAAUUACAGAAAGAGUCAUUGUUGAGGCAGCAAGAGCGACAGCAAUUAGCAGAGGAGCAAGCUCGGGUUUCUGCCCUGACAUCAGGAAAGCAGGAACUGGAAGAAAGACUUACUUCUAUGUCCAAAAGGGGUUCAGAGAAAUCAGAAGUUGUCUCAGAGAAAGCAACACACAAAGAAUUGUCCGCGGAAGACAGAGAAAAAUUCGAGAGACAGCUACAUGAUAUGGCUGUAGCGGUGGAGAGGCUUGAAAAUAGUAGACAGAAACUUCUAGAGGAGAUUGAUAACCAAUCUAUGGAGAUCGAAAGGCUCUUUGAGGAAAACACUAAUCUCUCGUCCUCGUAUCAAGAGGCAGUGGCCAUAGCAAAGCAGUGGGAGAAUCAGGUUAAAGACUGUCUUAGGCAAAAUGAAGAGCUUCGUAGAGUUCUAGAUAACUUGAGAGCAGAACAGUCUAAUUUGCUGUCUAAAAAUGGUUCCUUAGGGGUCCAUAAAGGCGGGGCUACUGAAACUGAUUCACAGGCAAAUACAACUGAAAUUCUCUCCCUCAAGGGACAACUUGUGCAAGAACAGAGCAGAGCAGAUUCACUAUCAGCCGAAGUAAUGCAACUUUCAGCAUGUCUCCAACAAGCGACGCAAGCAUAUAACAGUCUUGCACGCCUCUAUAAACCAGUUCUCCGCAACAUCGAAAGCAGUCUCAUCAAAAUGAAGCAAGAUGGACUCAUUACCGUCUAGGGGAACAGGUGGCGCAGUUUUGUGCGGUGUACCAUUUUGUAGAGGAGAGCUGGAAGUAAAAGGCUAUGGAAUCGAAUCCACCAAAAUUAAUGAUCAAAAUGACCUGUUUGGUAAUAAGUCCAACCGGAUGCCCCUUUUAAAAUUUUCUUUGUGAAUUUCCUGAUUCUCUUGAUGUUCAUUCAUUUCAAUCUUGAUUUUAUAGGUUAUUAUUUGAUAAUGAUUGAUCUUAAUCUAUAUUUAUCUACUUAAAUAUUAAUUAAGAACACGUGACGUGGGGUUCUGAAAGUGACAAAUUUUAUUCA